UCUACACUUUUACCUGAAGCCCACUUCACCUGGACACUAACUAUGGGGUGGACAACUCUGUGGUUGUGUGUUCUCGCUCUGCCACUAACGAGCGCCAUCCAGGUGAAAGCCAAGAAAGCGCGCCAGUCCAACCAUGUGAACAGCAUCUGCAGCACCUGGGGCAGAGAGCACUUCAAGACCUUCGAUGGAGACGUGUACCAGUUCCCAGGGACGUGUGAAUACAACCUGGCCUCCGACUGCCACUCUGAGUCCUACCAGGAGUUCUCUGUGCACCUGAAGAGGAACGAGGCUACUGAGGCUGAGGGGAACCCUACGGUCAAACACGUAGUGGUCACUAUCAACGAUCUGGUCUUCCACCUGACCAAGACUCAGGUCGCGGUCAAUGGAGAAAUUGUAACUCUGCCGUACUACAACGGAGGAGUCCAACUGGAGAGGAAUGCAGUUUACACCAAACUCUACUCCAAGGUUGGCCUGGUUGUCAUGUGGAACGGAGAAGAUGCCGUCAUGGUGGAGCUGGACACGGAGUAUACCAACCGUACCUGUGGUCUCUGUGGAGACUUCAAUGGCCUUCCAGUCCACAAUGAGUUUGUUCAUAACGGUCGUAAAGUGAGCCCCAUUGAGUUUGGAAACAGACAGAAGGUCCACAGGCCCAACGAGGACUGUGAAGACCCCUAUGAAGAGGAAGAGGAAGAUGAACCUGCAGAGGUUCAGCCUAAAGAGGACACAUGCAAGGAGUUUCAUGCCCAGUGUGACCAGCUCCUGCGCUCGCCGUUGUGGAGCUCCUGUGGUGCGGUCGUGAACGCUGAGCCCUACAUCCAGGCCUGUGUUCAGGACCUGUGUGGCUGCAGCAACACUUCUGACAGCUUCUGUGUCUGCAGCACCCUGGCAGAGUACUCCAGACAGUGCUCCCACGCCGGGGGACAGCCCCCCCACUGGAGAACAACAGCCUUCUGUGAGAAGCAGUGUCCGUUCAACAUGGUCUAUCUGGAGAGUGGCUCUCCCUGCAUGGAUACCUGUACCCACUCAGACACCAGCUCACUGUGUGAAGAACACCUGAUGGACGGCUGCUUCUGCCCUCACGGGACUGUGUUUGAUGACAUCUCAAAGAGGGGGUGUGUCACUCAGGAUCAGUGUCAGUGCAAACACGACAAAGUUUACAACUCUGGAGAAGUAUUCAGACAGGACCGUGAGGAAUGUGUCUGUCAUCAUGGUCAGUGGUCCUGUAAAAGUCUGCCCAGCCCUGCUACAUGUGCCGUUGAGGAGGGUUCACACGUGACGACCUUCGAUGGGAAAGCGUUCACCUUCCAUGGGGACUGUUACUACCCCUUAGCCAAGGUGGAAAGCAAGGAUGAAGCCAGUCCAAAGUUCACUGUACUGGUCCAGCUGGUUCCCUGUAUAAGACAGAAGUUUGACACUUGCCUCAAGAGUGUUGUGGUCUUGCUAAACAAUGAUAGAAACAACGCUUUGGUGAUUACCGCCGAUGGGAAAGUCAGCCACAAUGCACAGAUCACUCUGCCUUACAACACAGCUGACAUCAGUGUGUUCAAGCCCUCAUCCUUCCACAUGAUGCUCCAGACCAGCUUUGGGCUGCAGGUUCAGAUCCAGCUGGUCCCCAUCAUGCAGGUCUAUGUCACCCUGGACGAGAGCUACAAGACCAAGACACAAGGUCUGUGUGGGAACUUCAACAAGGUUCUGUCUGAUGACAUGAAGACCCCCCAGGGUAUGGUGGAGGGAACAGCCUCUUCAUUUGGGAACUCCUGGAAGGCUAAUCCUACCUGCAGAGACAGAGAGGAGAGGCUGGACGACCCCUGCUCCCUCAGUGUGGAGAAUGAGAACUAUGCUAAACAUUGGUGCUCCAUGCUAAGAAGUUCUGACAGCCCUUUUGCCAAGUGCCAUGCCAUGGUGGACCCCGAGCUUUACUACAAGCGAUGCACGUAUGCUAGCUGCAACUGUGAGAAGAGUGAAGACUGCCUGUGUGCCGUCUUCUCCUCUUAUGUGCGAGACUGUGCUACCAAGGGAGUGGUCCUGUCGGGCUGGAGAGAGAACGUGUGUGACAAAUACAUUGGUAACUGCCCAGCGUCUCAGACCUACUCUGACCAGCUCCAGAGAUGUCAGCUGACCUGUAGCUCCCUGGCCAGCAAAAGCCAGGGUUGUACCAAUGACUUCCUCCCCGUGGACGGUUGUUCUUGUCCGGACGGACUUUACAUGGAUGAUAGGGGCACCUGUGUACCCAUGGACAAAUGCCCCUGCUUCCACAACGGGGUCCACAUCAAGCCUGGGAAGUCCAUCAACAUUCAGGAGGAGCACUGUGUCUGCAACAAUGGGAAGCUUCACUGCCGUUCCUGGAAGAUGCGUUCAGAGAGUACCUGCCAGUCGCCGAAGGUGUUCUUGAACUGCUCCAAUGACCUGGGAGUACAGUGUACACGGAGCUGUAGGAACCCGGAUUUCAUGGACUGUUUCUCCGCAGAGUGUGAGUCUGGGUGCAAGUGUCCCACGAGUCUGUGGGAGGAUGGGAAAGGCAUGUGUGUGAAUAAACAUGAAUGCCCAUGCAGCCAUGACGGAUUCCUUUACGCCCCAGGAAAACAGAUCCCAAACGGAUGUAACACUUGCACCUGUAAGAGUGGGAAAUGGGAGUGCACAGAUAAGAAGUGCCCAGGAACCUGUACCAUCUACGGCAGUGGCCAUUACAAAACCUUUGAUGAGCGCACGUAUGGCUUCCAAGGAAAAUGUGGCUAUGUGGCUGUCCAGAACAAAUGUGGGAACCGGCCUGUCCAGGACAAAUUCAUGGUGAUCACAGAGAACAUACCGUGUGGAACCACAGGCACCACUUGCUCCAAGUCUGUUAGGGUUCAACUGGGGAGAACAGAGCUGAAACUAUCAAAGGGGACCCAUGAAGUGGUGGACCUAGGAGUGGGCUCUCAGAUCCAGUACCGAGUGAGGACCGUCGGUCUGUACCUGAUUGUUGAGUCAGACAUCGGGAUCGCAGUGCUGUGGGACCGCAAAACUACCGUCCGCAUCGUCCUGGAGCCACAGCAUAGUGGAGCAGUGUGCGGCCUGUGUGGGAACUAUAAUGGAGAAGGCAGAGAUGACUUCACCACACAAGGUCAGAUGAUAGUCAGCAGCCCUGUGGAGUUUGCUAACAGCUGGAAAGUGUCAAGCACUUGCCCCGACGCAGAAAGCAACGUGGACCCAUGUGGAGCCAGACCCAACCGUCACAACUGGGCUAAGAUGCAGUGCAGCAUCAUCACCGGAAAGACUUUCCAACUGUGUCACAAGAAGGUAGACCCUAGUCUGUACUUUGAGAACUGUGUGAAAGACUCCUGUGCCUGUGAUACUGGCGGAGACUGUGAGUGUUUCUGUACAGCUGUAGCAGCCUACGCCCAGGCCUGCACCGAAGCUGGAGUCUGUGUUGCAUGGAGAACACCAGAAAUUUGUCCUGUGUUCUGUGACUACUACAACGAUCCAGGUGAAUGUGAAUGGCAUUACAGCCCUUGCCACACACCUUGCUUCAAGACCUGUCUGAAUCCAAAUGGGACCUGUGACAACCCUCUUCCCAAUCUGGAAGGUUGUUACCCACAAUGCCCUCCAGAUAGGCCAAUAUUUGAUGAAGAGACCGGGGAGUGUGUUGAGGAAUGCCCACCAACAGGCCCAUCAACAACAACCCCCCAGUCAACCACACCAACACCAACAACAACACAGUGGACACCAACAACUACCACAUUGACAACAGAACCUCCAACAACAUCACCAAUGCCACCAACAACAACACAAACACCACCAACAACCACACCACCACCAACAACAACCACACCAAAGCCACCAACAACAACACCAAUACCACCAACAACAACACAAAUACAAACAACAACCACACCACCACCAACAACAACACAAACACCACCAACAACCACACCACCAACAACAACAACACCAAUGCCACCAACAACAACAACACCAAUGCCACCAACAACCACAACACCAAUACCAACAACAACCACACCACCACCAACAACAACAUCCACACCACCACCACCAACAACAACAACAACACCAAUGCCACCAACAACAACACCAUUACCACCAACAACAACACCAUUACCACCAACAACAACCACCACAACAAUACCAACAACAACACCAUUACCACCAACAACAACCACCACAACAAUACCAACAACAACACCAUUACCACCAACAACAACCACCACAACAAUACCAACAACAACACCAUUACCACCAACAACAACCACCACAACAAUAACAACAACAUCACCAAUACCACCAACAACAACACCAAAACCAACAACAACCACACCAACAACAACAACAACAAUACCAACAACAACAACACCACCAACAACAACCACACCAAUACCAACAACAACACCAAUACCAACAACAACAACAACCACAACAAUACCAACAACAACAACACCAACAACAACAACAACAUCAAUUCCACCAACAACAACCACACAAACACCAACAACCACACCAAUUCUACCAACAACAACCACACCAAUACCACCAACAACUACCCCCCAGACACCAGAGCCAACAACUACUCCUUGUAUUCCUACCUGUGAGUGGUCAGAAUGGUAUGAUGAAGAUGAUGAUAAAGACAAGAGUGACUGGGAAACAUAUUGGAAUAUCACGCAGAGUGGAAAAGAAGUGUGUGAAGAUCCACAGGAUAUUGAAUGUGUAGCUACACACUAUCCAAAUACAAGUUUAGAGGACUAUGUAGCUUCGACAGGCCAAGUUGUGGAGUGCGAUGUUGACUUCGGGUUAAUAUGUGAAGAAAAUAAACAAACUCAGAGACCAUUUAAGUGCUUUAACUAUAAGAUUAGAGUCCUCUGUUGCGUUGAAUGUUUAUCAACAACAUCACCAAAACCAACAACAACACUAACAUCAACAAAAACAACAGCACCUUCACCACCAACAACUACCACACCAAAACCACCAACAACAACCACACCAAUACAACCAACAACAACAACAGCAAUACCAACAACAACAACAACACCAAUACCAACAACGACAACAACAACACCAACAACAACACCACCAACAACAACAAAACUAAUACCAACAACAACAACAACACCAAUACCACCAACAACCACACCAACAACACCAACAACAACAACUCCAAUUCCACCAACAACAACAACACCAAUACCACCAACACCAUCAACAACACCAAUACCAACAACAACAACAAUAACAACCACACCAAUUCCACCAACAACAACAACACCAAUACCACCAACAACAACACCAAUACCAACAUCAACAACACCACCACCAACAACAACAACACCAACACCAACAUCAACAACACCAACAACAACAACAACACCACCAACACCAUCAACAACAACAACACCACCAACAACAACAACAACAACACCAACAACCACACCAAUACCACCAACAACAACCACACCAAUACCACCAACAAUAACCACACCAACAACAACACCAAUACCACCAACAACAACAACACCAAUACCACCAACACCAACAACUACCACAGCAACAACAACACCAACACCACCAACAACAACAACACCACCAACAACCACACCACCACCAACAACAACACUACCACCAACAACUACCACACCAUUACCACCAACAACAACCACACCUAAACCACCAACUACAACGGAAGCCAUAACUCUAACCACAACCCCAACGACAACAGAAGAAUCAACCACAACCCCCAGGACAACUGAAAAACCAACCACAACCCCAACAACAACAGAAGAACCAACCACAACCCCAACAACAACAGAAGAAUCAACCACAACCCCCAGGACAACUGAAAAACCAACCACAACCACCCCUGUCAUAGACACCACAACCACUAAAGCUCCUACAACAACACCUAAACCACCAACUACAACAGAAGCCACAACUCCAAUGACAACCACAUCACCAACAACCCAUGAAUCGGUUGUCACUGGUCCUCCAAUAACACCAGAACAUCAAGUCAGUUCAAUACCAACCACAACUGGGUCACCAACCCUUCCACCAAUCACUUGUCCUGAGUGGGACAAAGUGCAAAAUGAAACUUUCUGGCUCUGCAACUGCACUUUGGCCAUAUGCAUUGAAAACAACACCAUUGAGAUAAUUCCGUAUGAAUGCCCAGAGCCUGAGCCAAUCACAUGUACCAAUGGCAAGAAACCAGUGCUACAAUGGGAUGAGUUCUACUGCUGCCAACGAUUCGUGUGUGACUGCGUCUGUGAGGGUUGGGGAGACCCCCAUUACAUCACCUUCGACGGGCUCUUCUACAGCUUCCAAGGGAACUGUACCUAUGUGCUGAUGGAGGAGAUGUUGCCGCGUCACCACUUCAAGAUCUACAUCGACAAUGUCAACUGUGAUCCCACCGAGGACGUGUCUUGUCCUCGAUCCAUCAUCGUGUCCUACCACUCAACAGUUAUAACACUGAAGAAUCACAACCUCAUUGGAGCUGCUCAGUUGGAGGCUCUUAUUGAUGGAGUUUCCCUGAGACUACCCUUCACGCGGCACGGUGUGAAGGUGAUGAACUCUGGUAUCAACAUGGUCUUGGAGAUAGCACACCUCCAGGUGGUAGUUACCUUUGGAGUCACUGGCUUCAGCGUCAACCUUCCUUGGCAACACUUUGGCAACAAUACACAGGGUCAUUGUGGAACAUGUAGCAACAACCAGGCUGAUGACUGCAUGUUGCCUGGAGGUCAGCUGGUGGAGAACUGUGCUGUGAUGGCAGACUACUGGCCAGCCAAGGACCUCUACCAACCUGAAUGCCAUGUGCCACCUGGAAUCCCCACCAACUCUCCUCUCCCUGAACCCACACAGAAGCCAUGCAAGCCAGACUCCUCUGUCUGUGAUCUCCUGAAGGACAGCAUUUUUGCAGCCUGUCAUCCAUUUGUCUCACCUGACAACUUCUACACGGGCUGUGUCUAUGACAGCUGCCACGUGUCCAACCCAGCGGUGGAGUGCACCAGUUUGCAGACAUACGCUGCUGCCUGUGCCCAGUUUGGAGUAUGCAUCUACUGGAGAAACCACACCGAGCUCUGUGCCAGCGACUGUCCAGCUGACAAAGUCUACAAGCCCUGCGGUCCUGCAGAACAGCCAACCUGUGAUGACAAUCCAGACGAGUCUAGGAUGAACUUCACCACAGAAGGCUGCUUCUGUCCUGAUGGGAUGAAACUCUUCAACAAGGACUCAGGGAUCUGUGUUGAUAAGUGUGGAUGCAUUGACCCUGAAGGAGUUCCACGAGAGUUCAACGAGAGGUUUGAGUACAAGUGCCAGGACUGCGUUUGUUUGGAAUCCACCAAGACUGUGAACUGUAAACCCAAGGUCUGCUCCAAACCACCAGUAGAGAUAUGCACUGGACCAGGCUUUGUAUAUGUCAACCAAACCGAUCCAUCCGAUCCAUGCUGCUCUAACCUCGCCUGCCGUUGUGAAAGCAGCACUUGCCCACCUACCAACAUGAACUGUCCUAUUGGGUUCGUGCCAGUGGUUUCAGUCCCUGAGGGGAAAUGCUGUCCAGAGCACACAUGUGAGCCUAAAAGAGUUUGUCUUCACAAAGGCAUGGAAUACCUGCCCAAUUCUAAAGUACCGGGAUCAGAGUGCCAGGAGUGCACCUGCACCAACAAAGUGGACCCCAAGUCUGGUCAUUACCAAAUUGACUGUGGAUUCAUGCAAUGUGACGAAGAUUGUGAAAAGGGAUAUGAGUACCAGGAGCCAGACUACUCCUCAGAUGACUGCUGUGGUAAAUGUGUUCAGACCCACUGUGUCCUCCAGAUUAAUGGGACCAAGCAGUUGUUGAAGCAUGGAGAUACAUGGUCUGCUCCUGGUGACAAGUGCCAGCAGUACAGCUGUGUGAAAAACGGUGAUAGUUAUCUGACCCAGAGCUCCAACAUCCAUUGCCCACCCUUCCAGCAGGCCAACUGCCAGCCUGGUUCAAUUCAGACCGCUGCAAACGGCUGCUGUAGAAUUUGUGUGGAGAAGGACAAGGCCUGUAAGGUAGGAUCCAUGAAGAGUUUCAUCAACCACAAGAGCUGCCAGUCUGUUGAGGAGGUGGAGAUGCCGUACUGUGAGGGAUCCUGCAACACCUUCACCAAGUACUCUGCCAUGGCUGCGUCUCUGGACCACUCGUGUGCCUGUUGCCAGGAGUCCCGGUCCAGUAACCGCACGGUGGACCUACGGUGUCUGAAUGGAGAUGUGGUGCCCUACACUUACCUACACGUGGAGGAGUGUAGCUGCAGACACAGCGACUGCAACAGAGCCAUUAGGGUGCCUGCCCGCAGGACACGCAGCAACACGCUGGUGUAAAUGGGAUCUGUACUAAUACAGAUGGGAAUGGUCCAGCACCAAUCCAUUCGCUGCUUACUAAGGAACACCCUGCUACCCUGCUUCACACGGCUGUUAUUUAUCUAAUCGCUUUGAUUUAUAUGUCAAAUGAAGAUUAAAUUAUAUUUACAAUGUAGAAAUGUAUGCUUACUUAUCUUAUUAAAAUGCAACCUUCAAAUAC